AAAAUAGUGUCAGACCCUCAGCUCAUUGUACAGGGGGUGUCCAGGUUUGACUACUCCCAAGGAUCUUAUUUAGGAAACUGCUGGUUUCUAGCUUCGGUUGGGGCUUUAACAUUUCAGAAGGACAUCGUGGACCAGGUCAUGCCAGCUGACCAGUCAUUUGGUAAAGAUUAUGCAGGGAUAUUCCACUUCAGAUUCUGGCGGUUUGGGAAAUGGAUUGAUGUUGUCAUUGAUGACAGACUACCAACGGUCAAAGGAAAACUCAUUUUUGUUCAUUCAAAAACAUCUAAUGAGUUUUGGCCUGCCUUACUGGAGAAAGCUUAUGCCAAGGUGUGCGGCUCCUAUGCUGACAUGCAAGCUGGUUGUGUAUCGGAGGCUCUGCUGGACUUCACCGGUGGUGUCCACGUGUACUUCAAACUGAAUCAAACUUCUACUGAUUUGUGGAGCCUGAUGGACCGUGCGGUCAAUGCAAAGGCCCUUAUGGGCUGCAGCACUUCUCAUGGGGAUACCCCUGGAAACCCAAUAUUACCCAAUGGCAUUGUUCAAGGCCAUGCAUAUACAGUGACAGGGGUUUUCAAGCUAACAUCCCAAGGAGAGCCGGUGAGGCUGGUGAGAGUGUUGAACCCUUGGGGAAAAGGCGAGUGGAACGGUGCCUGGAGUGACAAGUCAUUAUUGUGGAACAACGUGAGUGAAAGUGACCAAUCCAACUGUCUUUCUUCGGCCAUUGAUGGGGAGUUCUGGAUGUCAAUGGAGGACUUCAUUGCAAACUUCAAGGAUAUUACUAUUUGCUGCCUCAGUCCUGAUUUUCUGAACAGUUCCUCUAAAUACAGCUGGACUUCCACAUGCUAUUAUAGCAGCUGGGAUGUUGGAACUACAGCUGGUGGCCGUCCCAGGAAUAAAGAGACUUUCUGGACAAACCCUCAGUUUCGAAUAAGGAUUGAGCAGCUUGAUGAGGAAUGUGCCAGUGGCCAGUGUCCUGAAAACAUUCUGGUGUCCCUCAUGCAGCUCCAUGAGAACAGAUACAGAAGUCUUGUUUCUAACUUCUCCAUUGGCUUCAGCGUUUAUCUGAUACCACCAGAGAUGAAAGAGGAGAAGUUCCCAGCCAAGUUCUUCUAUAAUAAACACCCUGUGGAAGCUACCGAAAAAUUUACCCAAGUGAGACUUGUGAUGAAAUUAUUCAAGCUUGAACCAGGAGAGUAUCUCAUUGUACCAUCCACUUUUAAUCCUAACGAGUCUGCAGAAUUCAUGCUGUCCAUCUCCACAAAGAGUGGGUCUCAUAAGAAGAAUUAAAAAUCUGUCAUGGCAUUGUAUAAAAUCAUUGUCAGGGAACAAUCAGUGGGACACCAGUUGAAUGGAAAGACACCAGUGCAUUGAUCUUGUAUUAGUUAUUUUAUUGUCUUGUCACAUUAUUGCAAAACGUUAGUGAAAAAACAUAAUAAAAAUAGACUUUUCCUGUGUUUUCGACAUA